AUGACUUCUCCAGAUAUCCAAAAGGAUAUUGUAAAUUCUUGUGCAAAAGAAACAGUGAAAGCAAUUAUUGAAGACUUGAAUGGGGAUUACUUUGGAAUAUUGGUUGAUGAAUCUAAGGAUGUUUCUCAUAAGGAACAAAUGUCCCUUGUUCUGCGGUAUGUCAACAAAAAAGGAAGUGGAUUAAACCAGGAACUCGGACUUCAAAAACCAGGUGAUACUAGGUGGAGAUCUCAUUUUAAGACAGUACAUAACUUCAUUUCCUUAUUCUCAUCAAUUGUCUAUGUACUUGAAGUUCUUGAAAAUGAGGGGAUUUUGGAAAUUACAUAUGAUUUGAAUAUGGCUCUGCAACAAAAAGAUCAAGAUAUUGUUACUGCCAUGAAGCUUGUCGAUCUUGCAAAGAAACAAUUGCAAUCGAUGAGGGAAUCUAAAUGGAAUUAUUUGGUAGAAGAUAUAUGCCUAUUUUGUGAACAGAAUGAUAUUAUGAUCCCUAAAAUGGAUGAGAAAUAUGGUCUUGGAAAGUCGAAGCGUAAAAGUUCAAGUGUUACAUAUUCUCAUCAUUUGUGUGUGGAAGUUUUUUAUGCUGUUAUAGAUUUGCAGCUUUUAGAGCUUAACAAUAGCUUUAAUGUAGUGAGUAUUGAUAUACUUCUAGGAAUGGAUAGUUUGAGUCCCGAGAAUUCCUUUAUAAAUUAUGAUAAAAAGAUCAUGAAGCUUGCAACGUAUUAUCCAAAUGAAUUUGAUGCUUCCAAGAUUGAAGAGAUUAGUUUUGAUCUAGACACUUAUAUUUACUAUGUAAGUAAAGUGGACAACGCUUUCUCAAAUUUGAAAGGGCUUGGAGAUCUUUCGAUGGCAUUGGUAAAAACAAAUAUGCACAAGACACGGGGACUUGUUUAUUUGCUUUAA